AUGGAAAUCAGCAAGACUUCUUUGCUCGGAAGCCAGCAGGAAACUGACUCACAAGUGCUCCUGAACGUCAGGCUUUUGGACUGGGGAACGCUAGGGGAAAAACGAUGCGCGCCGCUGGCGAAAGCGGUGGUUUUGUCUGGGAACCCCGGGGGUUCUGGGGGAGCCACCAUGGCACCGAGGCUCUUCUCUCGUAAUGUCGACGACGAUGUCGGUCACGUUAACUUCGCGGAGGUGCGUUGGGAUUCCGUCCGACCAGUAAUCGAAUUUCCGUGCUAG